UUUAUAAAUACGCCCCACGGCCGCGGGCCCUUAGGUUUUGCCCCGCCGCAAACAUUGCUGCUGCUACUGACUUCCAAAUUCCAAUCCAAUCCCGGCUUUACGGAAUUCCCCAUGGCGAGGACCACCACCACGCCGACCCGGCGGCCGGCGUGCGGCGCCGCCGCACCGCCGUUCUUCCCCCGCCGCGUCUGCUCCCGGCCAUGCCCCGACGGAUUCAACAGCCUGCCGUCGUCGUCCUCGUCGCCCGUCCGCCUCGCGCCGGCGGCCUUGGUGUCGACCCACGACCGCGGCGGCCGGGCGAAAAGGGCGUGCAUGUGCUCGCCCACGACGCACCCGGGCUCCUUCCGCUGCGCGCUCCACCGCGGCUGCUCCUCUUCUCCGGGUACGGCGGCGGCGGGAGGGCUGCAUCAGGACGCGAGGCGGUCGGCGAUGGCCAACUCGCUGGUGCGCAUCGCGGCGGUGGAGGGCGGCGACCACGUGAGACGCGCGCUGGCGGCGCUCGUCCGCCCUUCCUCGCACCACCAGCGCCGCGGCACCUCCUUCCGCGCCCUGCCCAGCCGCCUCUCCGCCAUGUCCGCCGCCGCCGCAGUCGCAGAGCCACCGCCGUCGCAAUGAGUAAUCCUCAGACCACCACCUUGUAAUGUAGGAGCAAUUCGUUCAUUCCCGCGGGCGCUUCGCCGCCGCGCGCCACAAUUUUGCUUUGAUGCUCUCCCCAUCCCCCCUCGCUGUAAGAUUGAUUUGUUUGAUCUUCCACUGCUCUGUUUUCCGUUGCCGGAAGGUUUGUCUGUAAGAAGAACUCAUGGCCGAGCUGCACGCCAUUGACGCCAGCCAAUGGUAGCAGUUUAAACUGGCAUCAGACUGCAAAAACUUUCGCUAAAACAAAAAUGAUCAAGUGGGUGGUAAUUAAUUAA